CGUCUCCGUACGCCACCACACCACCUCAUUUCUUUAUAUCUACCGCCCCUUCUCCCUCACUGUGGCUUCCACCUUCACCCGCAGCAUUCUCGCACAGUCUUCCAUCCGCGACUCUACUUCCAUCAUGACUGACCACAACGGCAAAGCUCCACUGGAUCCCGUCAGCAGUGGUGUCAACGGCACUCGCGCUGGCCUCAACGACCCUAUUGUCAAGGUCCAGCCUCCACGUCGCGAGGACCUCCAGCCCUCCUAUGCACGCGUCAUCAAGCCUGAUGAUGCCGACGAGAGCGACCACGGCUGGUAUGGUGCCAUGAUCAAUGGCCUGGGCAGCUGUAUCGGCACAUUGGGUGCCAUUCCCUGUUGCGUUGUCUGCCCCAACCCGUACAAGCCGGUGAACCAGGGCAACGUUGGUCUCAUCACCAAGUUCGGGCGAUUCGAACGAGCCGUGGAUCCAGGUCUCGUUAAGGUUAACCCGCUGUCUGAACAGCUGAUCCAGGUGGACGUCAAGAUUCAGAUUGUCGAGGUCCCCAAGCAAAUCUGCAUGACCAAGGACAAUGUAUCGCUCCACCUUACCUCCGUCAUCUACUACCGCAUCAUUUCGCCACACAAGGCCGCCUUCGGCAUCAGCAACAUCCGUCAAGCUCUCAUCGAGCGCACGCAGACCACCCUCCGCCACGUCAUUGGCGCACGCGUGCUACAGGACGUGAUUGAGCGUCGCGAGGAGAUUGCGCAGUCGAUCCGCGAGAUCAUCGAGGAGACUGCGACAGGCUGGGGUGUUGAGGUUGAAUCCAUGCUUGUUAAGGACAUCAUUUUCAGCCAGGACCUCCAGGAGUCCCUCUCCAUGGCCGCCCAGUCCAAGCGAACUGGUGAGGCCAAGGUCAUCGCCGCUCGCGCCGAAGUCGAGUCCGCCAAGUUGAUGAGGCAGGCCGCCGAUAUCUUGUCGAGCGCACCCGCUAUGCAAAUCAGGUACCUCGAGGCCAUGCAAGCUAUGGCUAAGUCCGCGAACUCCAAGGUCAUCUUCCUGCCGGCGCAGAACCAGACCGUGCAGUCUGCCAUGGCAAUGGCGGAUGCCCAUGGCGAAGGCCCAAGCCAGUACAAGUACAAGGGACCCGAGGGCGCAGACCAGGAAUACGGACACGGAACCCCUGGCUUUCAAAGUGCCAUCAACGCUGGCAUCAUCGAGAACAUGUAAAGCCGCAGCCAACUAGGACGUGGUCACCGAACCACUAAUUUCGGAGGCCAUCAUCUCCAUUGAAGAGCCUUUUGUUUCGUUGUACUCUACUUUAUGAUGUUUCAGGCUGGAUAUGCGGGCUAUGCAAGGAUGAGAGGCUACGGCUGGAUCUCAAGUUCGGACAUUUUCCUUUAGUACAUUGUGAUACCCGGCAGGCGUCGAUACCACUCGCUUCAGCUACGAUUCCAAAGGUGUUUUCAGAAUUGGCGCAGCGG